GCAUCAUUCAUUACGUUAUUUCGACAUUUCAGCUAAAUAGGUCCCCCCGGAAGCCCGGAAGUCCAAAAAUCGGAACCGACAUAAACUGUGUUCUUAGCGGGUAGCUCUUUCCUUGAGUCUCUGAAUCAGAGCUGAUUGAGGGAUUGAUCUGCAGAUUCUGCAUUUGUGACUCGACGCAUUCUGUUUGUUUCUCUGUUGACAUUGCGAUACAAUGAGAAGGGCUCAGAGUCUGACCUCUUAUGUAGUCGGACGAGCCCUGGUUCCAGCCCAUGAGGCCUGGGGCGCCACCUCCUCUUCCUCUGCCACUGCAGGCGUUCAACACAGGCUUCUCCAGGCGUCUCUGUACAACAGUAGUAGCAACUCAUCUGGUCCCUCGAGGUUGUUCUCGCAAAGCAUAGCCGCCUGCCUCGGGCGAUCCACUCGAGCCAUAUCUCUCGGCCUUGCCGGAGCUGUCUCAUUCUCUGUCGCUGCUUCUGCAGUCGUACCGGAGGUGUACGCCAAAGAACAACUCUCAUCUGGGUUCCGUCCCAAGGACGUUGUCCUUUACCAAUAUGAAGCUUGCCCUUUCUGCAACAAGGUCAAAGCAUUUUUGGACUAUCACGACAUACCAUACAAAGUUGUGGAGGUGAACCCCCUCAAUAAGAAAGAGAUCAAAUGGUCGGAUUAUAAGAAGGUGCCCAUAUUGACAGUUGAUAGCGAGCAGCUGGUUGAUUCAUCAGAUAUAAUUGACAAAUUGGCCCAUAAGAUUGACCCCCAGAAGUCUGUUAGUUCUCUUCCUGAUGACGAUGAAGAGAAAAAAUGGCGCAGGUGGGUUGAUAAUCACUUGGUGCAUAUCUUGUCACCAAAUAUAUACAGGACUACUUCUGAGGCCCUUGAGUCCUUUGACUAUAUCACAAGCAAUGGAAAUUUCAGCUUCACAGAAAGAUUGUCAGUUAAAUAUGCAGGAGCUGCAGCUAUGUACUUUGUUUCUAAGAAUCUGAAGAAGAAAUAUAACAUAACUGAUGAACGUGCAGCAUUAUAUGAAGCUGCUGAAACAUGGGUGGAUGCUUUAGAUGGCCGGGAUUUUCUUGGGGGUUCCAAACCUAAUUUAGCAGAUCUUGCCGUCUUUGGUGUCCUAAGACCCAUCAGACACUUGAGGUCAGGUAGAGAUAUGAUGGAGAAUACACGCAUUGGUGAUUGGUAUACAAAAAUGGAAGAAACUGUUGGAGAGUCUUCAAGGAUAAAUGCCUGAUUAGAGAAUCUUCCCAUUGAAUCCAUGGUUGUGUCAUUUGUUCCAACUUUGAGUAGCAUUAAUGGUGUUCUCUUAAGAUCCCCAGAACAGGGGAAUAAAGAAAUUUUGUUCUCUCUCUUCCUCUCUCUCUCUCUCUCCCCCCCCCAAUAAAACAAAUGUUUCGAUUGAUUGAUUGGGGUAAUUUUUUUCCUAGAUAUGUUUUAAGUUGUGCUAUAACAAUUUAUUACUCGACAAUAUGUUCUAACUUGUUUGAAUUUCUUACGUUAUGUUUUGGGACAUAAGUGGUUGGUGGAAUAAAUAUUUAUUCAACGAGUA